GGUUUAUUUUUAUUUUAUGUUAAUGGAACCAUCCUUGCAGUGCUGAAGAAGCGCCUGGUGAAGCUCGUGGUGAACUUUCUCUUCUACUUCAGGACAGACGAGGCCGAGCCCAUUGGAGCUCUGCUGCUGGAGCACUGCAGGAUCACCAAGGAGGAGGAGAACGUCUUCUCCAUCAGUUUCAUCGAGGAGCCAGAGAGGAAAUACUGCUUCGAGUGUGCCAGUGAGGAGCAGUGUCAGGAGUGGGUCGAGGCCCUCAAACGAGCCAGCUACGAGUUCUUGAGGAGGAGCUUGAUUUUCUACCGGAAUGAGAUCCAGAAGAUGACAGGGAAGGUGAGUGAGGCCCUCGGGGUCGGGUGGUGACUGAUGGGUCUGGA